CACAAAUCUUCUCCAAUCAUCACAAUCUCUAAACCUCAAACCCUAGAAAUAAAUAAAAAAAAGAGCGACGUAGAAAGAGACAGAGAGAAGAAUGGGUCGCCAAAACGUUGUUGUAGUUUUUGGCCUCGUGUUCUUGGCCGUCCUUGGCCUCGCCGCAGCUGCCUCCUCUCCGUCUCCUUCAGCGUCACCUUCCAAAGCUCCAUCUACUUCCACACCUGAGGUCGAAGCUCCAGUGUCCGAGGACACCAUUGGAACCACCGACGACGAUGCAGCUGCUUCUCCUGGUGAUGAUGACGUAGCUGUGGCUGGUCCUCUAGGAAGUGACUCCUCCUACGGUAGCAAUGGACCUUCAGGCUCUGCCGAUUCUGCUGACAGCGGCGCGGCGGCUCUUGGAGUCUCUGCGGUCGUUGUGGGUGUUACAUCCAUCGUCGGUUCUUUCUUGUUUUUCUGAGGUGUGUAUUUUCAUGAGAAUAUCAUUUUUGAGUGAAGACUAUUUAUAUAUAUGGAUAUUGUGAUGAUCAUGUUGUAAUUUAUUUCUCCUUGGUUAUGAGAAACGAUGUCCUUGAAAUAAGCUGAAAAUAAAUUAAACUUUCCUUAGCAAUAUAAAAUAAAGAAUUACGGAUUGAGCAGUA